CUUGUGCGCUGUGCCUCGUCUUGCGCCUGCCUCGCCUCAUAACAAACCCCCCCAUCACCACUAACUGCGGUGACUGCCAGUCUACUGUUUGACACAUGGCAUCUUCUACCUCUUCCUGCUAUUUGCUUCUCCAUUGUUUCCUGCAAUAAUCCGACUUUGAUCCUCUUCAUGAUUACCAUCAUCCCCUAAAGGCUCUUGCAGGGGUCGUCUAAACUUCAUCCCACCAACCCAAACCAUCAAGCCAUUCGCCUCCCGAGCACUGUCCCUUCUCCUUCACUAUGGAUGAAGCCAUCGCCACUGUCGUCUCCGUCUGUGGGACAACCCCAGAACUGGCCUCGCAAUAUGUACAGCUUGCGGACGGAGAUCCCAAUCAAGCAGUCCAGCUAUUCUUCGAAAAUGGCGGUGCCGACCUGGCAGGUAAUUCCUCUCGCCCUCCUCCACCUCCACCACCUUCCUCCGAUAACCGCAUGCCUGGCGGACCGCUGAACCCCAUCGACGCCGAUGCCGAAGAUAAUAUCUCCGACGACAAUGAUCCGGAAAUUACUGGUUUUCGGAAGAUUCCACACAGAGAUACUUCUUCGGGAACUGCACGAGAGACAGAUUACGAGGAUGACGAGGCUAUGGCACGGCGAUUGCAGAAUGAGAUGUACGGUGAAGGCGCCAUGGAGGAUAUCGUGCGGGCUCCCAUUGCCCGACAGGCAGAGACUUUGGUGGGACCAGGAUCAAACGUCACCCCCAUGACCGCUAGUUCAUAUUCCUCGAUCGUGGAAGAGCGCAUGCGAGCCCUUGAAAGAAGGAGAUUACAAGCACGGGCGGGAAUUUUCAAUCAACAACAGCCGACUUCCAUCUGGGACCAAGAAGUGAUCAACGCGAGUCGCCCAGACGCUCUUGCAGAGUCCACUGGGGGAGCAUCAGAGGCCUCUGCGAGGUCAAAUCGGCUUGCCAGGCUCUUUCAACCCCCUUGGGAUCUAAUGUACAAGGGAAAUUGGGAGGGCGCAAGAGAUGAGGGUAAGGAACACAAGAAAUGGUUACUGGUAGAUAUCCAGGACCCUUCAAUCUUUGACUGCCAGGCCUUGAAUCGCGAUAUUUGGAAGAACGAAGGUAUUGUGGAAACGGUCAAGGAGAAUUUCAUCUUUCUGCAAUACAACAGGGACGAUCCGAGGGCUUCGCAAUACAUCCAAUAUUACUUUCCAAGCUACGAGGUGCAGAGUGAAUACCCUCAUGUCGCCAUCGUCGAUCCACGAACAGGGGAACAAAUCAAACUCUGGUCGCGCAAGGUUCCCUCACCACCUGAAUUUCUCAUGCAACUGCACGAAUUCCUGGAUCGAUACAGCCUCGACAACAACGCCCGAAAUCCUGUAGCCAAGCGCAAGUCUGAGGCCAAAAAAGAGAAACCUGUUGAUCAACUCACCGAAGAGGAGAUGCUGGAACGGGCGCUGCAGGCUAGUCUGGCUACCCAAAAUCAAGAGCACAGAACCCCGCCGGCAGAAGAUCCUGACGAUCUCACGCGAAGCGUUGGAGAUGUCCGAGGCGCAGAAAUGCCAGAAAUUGCCAGUGCAAUGGACAUUGACCAGAACGGCGCAGAAGAAACAGCGGAGUCGACUGCAUUUGCCCAAAUCCCGUCCGACCGCCCUCACACAGAGCCACCCGCCGGACCAGGCGUGACGCGAGUACAAAUUAGACACCCAGGCGGUCGCGUUGUUCGACGGUUUGCAGAACAAGAUCCUGUGCAGCGGAUCUAUGAGUAUCUCAAGGCGGAACCGCUUGAGGGCAAGGAAGGAACAGCAUUUGACCUCGUGUCAAUGGGCAAGAACCUCAUGGAUGUCCGACACGAGUCGAUCGAAGGUGCAGGUCUGAAAAACGGAACGGUCAUGGUGGAAUACUUGGAGUAAUGACGAGACUGGUGGACUCGGAAGCACUCGUAGACAGGCAUUGCAAGGCGUUAUCAAUCUUGCUGCUACUUGAUGAUACCACCGACCGUGACCCUGGCAUGGGUUUGGUGCAUGGAGGUGCUUGGGAACGAGGCGGCUGAGCUUGUAAUCUACAAUCCGCAAGAUGAAAUGAGAAGACGGAACAGAUCGUGAAAGUGUUUCCAAGAUCCUUGUAACGUCCAUCUUCAGUG